CUCCCAAAGCCCCGUCUUGCUGAAUGCGGUAAACCUACCGGGACUCGACUGUAACAGUGCAAUCCCCAUGGUACCGACUCCCGAGGGAGACUCCUGAAGAAUGAGAAUGGAAUGAGAUAUAUCUACAUCCUCGAAACCCUGGUCUAUCCGGGUUUCCUUCUUGCUCUCGCAUCUUCAAGUUAUCACUUGGAACACUCUCCUUGACUGCAUCCUUUUCUGCUCUUCUUCAGCUUCUCAACACUCCUAUUUUCCCGGGUAUCAUCAACUUCAGUCUUCAGCUCAGUGGCAGGAACCAUCCUUCCAUUCAGUCAGUCACUCCUUACGACGACUUUACUUCAGCCAGAAAGAUCCCGGUGAUUUCGACAUAUCCGAAGCCCCCAAUUCCCACAUCUCAAGCCACCACCAUGCACUUCUCAGCCAGCGCAACCUUCGCCAUGGGCUUGAUGGCCUCGCAUGCCGCGGCGUUGGGCAUCUUCAAGGUGCCAAAGUUCAACGUAGCAGCCGGAACCCCGACCUACACGACCACUCUCGCCGCCCCCACGACGACCUUUGCCACGAUCAUCGCGCAGCCCUCGUUGACCUCGUCAUCGACCUCGUCCGCGGCGACUGCUACCCCAACUGCCUCCUCCAACUCGACUCUGAGUGCCGACCUGCAGCGCGCCCUCGAACUCCACAACAUCUACCGCGCCGCCGUUGGCAAUGCCAACUUGACCUGGGAUGACGACCUGGCCAAGAGCGCUCAGGUCUGGGCCGAUCACUUGACGACCGUCGGCAGCCUCGUUCACGACUCGAACCCCGGCGGCCAGGGAGAGAACUUGGCUUCGCAGUCGGGCGGCACCACCACCUACUUCACCAACGGUGUUCAGCUGUGGUUGGACGAGAAGCCGCUGUACGAUGGACAGCCCAUCCGCACCACUGGAUCGCCCAACUACUUGAACUAUGGUCACUACACUCAAGCCAUUUGGAAGAACACCCAGAAGGUCGGCUUGGCCAUGGCCACCGACUCCAAGGGUACCACCUUCGUGGUUGGACGUUACUUGCCUCCUGGAAACUACAUCGGCCAGCUGCCCUACUAAGCGUGGAAGGAUGGACUCCCAGUGUUGUUUGAGAUGUUGUAUUCAACACUGUUGGCUGGGCUUGGCUUGUCUUUCGAUUCUAGACCGCUUCUCCUUCACUCAGUUGCUUAUGCUCAUGGCAAGAUUUUCAUGCCUUGGGCCGCUUCACUGCACAUAGAUUGUACAGUUCCGUUCAGAAUCUUCAACAAUUCGAGAGAAAUGAGAAAAGCUUAGACACAAUACUAAGCAUUCAAUGAAUCAAGACCUCCUAUACUUG